AUGGCUCGUGUGGUUCACGACGCGAAUGAAGCAGUUAUGUCUCUCAGCGCACCUGAGUUCGAAUCUCAAUCAUGUCGUAGAAUUGCUGAGUAUACUAUUUUACAUCACUAUCGAGUUGAAGUAUUUUAUAAGAUUAUUGAUUGGCAACGUCAAGAACUCAAUAAUCAAUUUGAUGAGGUGACAACUGAUUUGCUUCUGGGAAUUGCUUGCUUGAUCCCAGUUGAUUCUUUUUCUAACUUUGAUAUGGAAAAGAUAUUGAGAUUCGUUGAGUUAUACCCUGAUGAUUUUGAUAAAUACUGUAUAGUUGAUCUUCGCUUUCAGCUUGAAAAUUAUAUUAUUGAUGUUAGAGAUCAUGAUAAAAGGUUCUUCGGUCUUAAGGGACUUUCUAAUCUUUCCAAGAUACUCGUAGAGACGAAGAAGCACAUAACUUAUCAUCUUGUGUUUCGACAAGUUAAAUUUGCUUUACUUUUGCCGGUGGCUACUGCUACAGUUGAAAGAGUUUUCUCGGCGAUGAAGUUGAUUAAGACUGAUUUACAAAAUCAAAUGGAUGAUGAACUUUUGAGUGGUUGUUUGGUGCCUUAUAUAGAGAAAGAAAUAUUUAGUACUAUCCCCAAUGAGGCUAUUAUGAAUACAUUUCAAAAUAUGAAAACUCGUCGAGGAGAGUUGUAA